AUGGGCAAAGCAUCGGCGUUUGGACGCACGGUCUGUAGCGCGGAUCGCCGCCCGCGUAAAUAUGCGGCGCGGACCUCAGCGAACUGCCGACCCGUCGCUGUGUAUCGAGAUCCCACGAUCGCGCUCGCGUGGGCGAUUGGCGGUGUCAGGGCGCUCACUCCCUCGGGGGCAAGUGACGAUGUCGGUGGCGGUGCAAGUGCAAGGGGGGCGUUGACGCCAAGCGGGUUUUCGGUGCUCCCUGCGAGCGCCUGGUCGAGCGGAUGGGCUUCGCCGACGGCGAGUUCGUCGACGUGGGCGCGCGAAGAUACGCAGGUGCGAGCAACGGCGGCGCGGCCGAUGAAUCCAUUCGCAAGGUACAAUUCGCCGUCGGGACCUCAACGGGACGGUCAGUUGACAGCGGCGGAGCGGCAAGCAGCCGCAGAUUAUCGGGUGUGGGCGCGGGCGAUUGCGGCGCCACAACAAGUGGUGGUGCCGAUGUCGAGGACGACGACGGCUGGGGUGUCGGGGGAGGAGAAGAAGUCGGUGGCGGCGGAAGAGGAAGUGACGCCGCGGGAUCUAGAGGAUCGUUUGCCGUCACUUCAUCGGUCGUAG